AUUCAGGGUGCUAGCAUAGAGGACUACUGUACUCUCUCGUAAGGAUCUGGGGUCGUCAAUCGUCGCUCCUGGUGAUGACUCUGGUCGUCAGGUCGUUAUCUUGGCCCGGUUGAUGGACGAAACGGUCGAAAGCAGGUCACUGAGUGUGCGCGAUCUAGGCAGGUAACGUCGUUCAAUAACCUCGACCAUCAUCAUGACAUCGACUCUCACUUCACCGUCAAGACCUGCUGCACCUCGCACUCGAGUGACCAUCGUCGGAGGCGGUCUAUCCGGCAUCUCCCAAGCCAUCCAACUGCGGCGUCAACUAGGUUCCCUUAUCGAUCUCACGAUCAUCGAAAAGGAACACGCCGCCGGAGGGACAUGGCUCAACUCGACCUGGCCCGGUGCAGGGGUCGACAUCCCUAUCCACCUGUACAGCCUGUACUCUGACCCGAAGAGCGACUGGAGUCAUGUGUUUGCCGAUCAAGAGCAGGUCUUGGGGUACUUGAACGAGUGUAUCGAGAAACACGACCUCCUGGACAGCUUCAUCUUUGAUACGGAAUACGUCUCUUCCACCUGGGACGCCAUAUCCCAAACGCAUACCUUGACCUUACGGCCGACAAAAAGUCCUGGCGAUCCAUCUUCCACUUAUACGCAUACCACCGACAUCUUGAUCUCAGCCAACGGUCCCCUGUCGACCCCUCUCAUCCCCCAAAUCCCGGGCUUAGAAAAGUUCAAGGGUAUCGCCUUCCACAACCUCCACUGGAGACGUGUUAUAACCCAAACCCAAACGGACUUGAACUUCACUUUCGAGAACAAACGCAUAGCCGUGAUCGGCAACGGCAGCUCGGCCAUCCAACUCAUCCCCGGCCUAGCCUCUACCCCCGGCGUCCAGCUCACCCAGUACAUCCGGUCUGGCGGGUACUACUUCCCCAAACACAACACCCCUAUCCCCGUUUACAAGCAAUUCCUGUACCGCUACCUCCCUUUCGUACGGUACCUGCAUCGCUAUGAGCUUUUCACCGCACACAAUGAUCGGUGGAAGACGAGGAACGACGGGGAUGCCGACGGGCACGAUGAGACGGAAAAGGUCUUGUUGGAUUACUUGCGGAGGACGGCACCGGAGGAGUAUUUAGAGGCUUUGAUGCCUAGGUACCCCCUGGGAUGUAAACGCCCCGCCUACGACGCCGGCUGGCUAACCUCCCUCCACUUACCCAACGUCACCCUCAACUCGGUCGGUAUCGCCUCGAUCACCGAGACUUCCCUCAUCGAUACCACGGGGAAAGAAUUCCCCGCGGACGUGAUCGUAUUCGCUACCGGAUCCGAUGUGGCCAGACACGGGGUCGGCUUGAACGUAGGGCUUUAUGGGGAGGAUGGGGUGGAGUUGAGAGAGUUUUGGAAGGAGAUUGGGGGGCCGCAGAGUUAUCGAGGUUUGGCUGUGCCAGGGUUCCCCAACUAUUUCAUGACCCUCGGCCCGAACGCCAUCGCCGGUUCCUGGGGUUACACCAUCGGGAACCAGACGACGGUCAUCGCCCGCCUGAUCAAAGAGAUGCUCGAGCUCGGUAUCGGCUCGCUUCAACCAGACCGUUCGUAUUUCGACGCCCACAACGCGGAGAUCCAGGAAAAGCUGGAUGGGAGUACGAUGAAUAGCCAGGCUUGUUCUAAUUGGUGGAGGAUCGGUGGGCAGGGAAGGUUGUCGGUUCCUAAUCCGCUUGAUGCCAUCGGCCUGUGGAAAGCGACGAGGACGACCGACUGGGCUCACUGGGUCGCUUUUGCCAGACCUUCUGACGGUGGUGACGGCAAACCCAUCGCUAACAGGAUAGACGUCGACCGAGAACUCCAGCGAAGACGCACUCGAAAGACCGUACAGGGUACGGUCCUGCUCGCCGCUAUCGGAGGUUCCGCGUUGUAUUGGUCAAACUUGGGCUGGCCGUUGUACCUGAAGCCGGUUUGGUGAAGCGCGAGAUGCCGGAUACAAUCAUACCAUCGAAUUGUGCUUGACCAGGAAAGCGGCGACCUGUUCCUCGAAUUCGCAACGCUAGUACCUUGAAGACCCCGCCUCGAAGGAUGGACCGUGUUGCAGAUAAUGCUAGCUGAAUACGCUAGUGAU